CCCCCUCCUGACUCCCAAAAGAUGCCGGAUACGAGAAGGGCUUGAGGAUUCCUACGCUCAGCUUUGGAGCCACCAUGUUGACGCGCCUCUUCAGCGAGCCCAGCCUGCUCCCCGACGUCCAGAAGUUCUCCAGCUGGGCGGACGACUGCGAGGAGGAUGAGCCCAGCGACAAAGAGGAGCGCUCCUCCAAGAGCUGCCCCCUGGACGACCAGAACGAGGGCUCCUUGGGGGAGGUCAAGGAGGAGAACGACCUAGGCGGGGACGACGAGGAGGAGGAGGAGGAGGAGGAGGAAGGGCUGGGGGAGGCGGAGGGGGACCGCCCCAAGAAGCGCGGCCCCAAGAAGAGGAAGAUGACCAAGGCGCGCCUGGAGCGCUCCAAGCUGCGGCGCCAGAAGGCCAACGCCCGCGAGCGCAACCGCAUGCACGACCUCAACGCCGCGCUGGACAACCUGCGCAAGGUGGUGCCCUGCUACUCCAAGACGCAGAAGCUCUCCAAGAUCGAGACCCUGCGCCUGGCCAAGAACUACAUCUGGGCGCUGUCGGAGAUCCUGCGCUCGGGCAAGCGGCCCGACCUGGUCUCCUACGUGCAGACGCUGUGCAAGGGCCUCUCGCAGCCCACCACCAACCUGGUGGCCGGCUGCCUGCAGCUCAACUCGCGGAACUUCCUCACCGAGCAGGGCCCCGAGGCCGGCCGCUACCCCGGGCCCAACUCGCCCUUCGCCGUCCACCCCUACCCCUACCCCUGCGCCCGCCUCUCGGGCGCCCAGUGCCCCCCCAGCGCCCUGGGCAGCGCCCACGCCCUGCGGACCCACGCCUACUGCGCCACCUACGAGUCCCUCUACGGCAACGCCUCGCCCGACUACAACAGCUCGGAGUACGAGGGGCCGCUCAGCCCCCCGCUCUGCGCCAACGGCGGCUUCGCCCUCAAGCCGGACUCGUCCCCCGACCCCGAGAAGGGCUACCACUACUCUAUGCACUACUCCGCCCUGCCCGCCUCGCGGCCCCCCGCCGCCCACAACCUGGUCUUCGGCGCCGCCGGGGGGCGGGGGGGCGUCCACGCCGAGAACGUCUUGCCUUACGAGAUGCACCUGCACCACGACCGGGCGCCCAUGUACGAGGAGCUCAACGCCUUCUUCCACAACUGA